GCAAAAGCAGGUUAAAGGUGGUUGAGAAAAAAAGAACUGCCGAGUACGCACAGGGAAAGAGGCGAAUGAAAGAAACAGGGAAAGAGGCGGACGGAAGAAACAGGGAAAGAGGUGGACGGAAGAAGGGGAUCUGAUUAUUGUUCUUCAAAUUAGAAAAAAUUACAAAAAUACCGGAUGUACAUGUACAUCCGGUUGUACGGUAUAGGCUCUCGCUGGGAUCCCGGCAACGUAUACUACGUAAUCAAUACGCGUUCUGGCAGCUUACUUCGUUGUGAGAAGAUCGAUCGGUGUUCAGCGACGUCUGCUGAAAUUGGAGCAUUUACAGGCAUCCAUAUAGACAUUGGAAGCCGGAACUCUCAAAUUAUUAAGCCUGGAAUGCAACGCAUCAAUAUCUUAUAAUUCGCGCCUCCUGGUUCUCUGACUUUUAUCGGUCCUAAAACCUCUCCUCACUGCUAGUUUCUCUGGGCGGGUGGAUUGGUUGGUAAGAGAUCGUGGAAAGUAAAUUGUUCGUCAAAACCCUGUAAGGAGUAGAACGUUCCCUCAUUGAAAACCGGUUACUCCUAAGUCCUAAUGUAUGAUUUUAAAUAUCGGAUAAACGUUAUAGAUUAAGGAAUCUGUUUAAUUUUACUGGUACUGUGGUACUGUUACGUGGUUUGUAGAAUGCCACUGAAAAGUGUUUUUUUUGUGAUGAGAUAUUAAAAUUUUAUCAUUUUCUCCAUGAAUCGAAUUAUACCUUAUAUAAUACCAGUAAUCGUUAGAUUAAUGACCCUUGAGAAGAUUGUAUGAAACUUUAUUGAAUCUUUAGAAGAUUGGCACACAUAUGGAGAGUUCAUGGUGAACAGAACUGACGUACAAUUAGGUUUGUUCAAUUUUAAAAUUUUGGAGGUAUGUUUUUAACGUUUUUUAUUUUUACUGUUGUGACAAUGAAGAAUACAUGGUGAUUUACUUUUUUCUAAUUUGUAUGAGUUUCGCCUAAUACAUGUAUACAAAUUCAACAAUUUUUAUGACGCUCAAAAGCUAUCCUUUCAGUGACCGCUAUACUUCUACAUGUGCUAUAAUGAAAAUCUAUAUGCCACGUGCUAUGUUUGUUAACAUAAAUCUCUUUCGACUGCUGCUUCUAAUGAGUGGAUCUUUGUGUGUUUGUCUUUAUCCAGAAAUCCGUAAAUGGAAGAAGAUGAGGAAGAUAGGGUCUUAUUCAGUAGUUUGGGUGUUACAUCUGCUAAACAAGAAGAUAUUGAACACAAUAUAUUCAAACAGGCACAGAAAAACCUUGAUGAGAGCAACACAGCUGUAAAGCCCCCAAGGAAUGUAGAAGCAGAUACUAUUGAAUACAAUGCUACAUCGUCUACUAAAAGCACAGAUUUGUAUAAUAAACUUAGAGCUGUGGAAGUUGAAAUACAGGCAGUGAAGCAUGGCUUUGAACAGUUAGAGAACUUCAGAAAUAAUGAUAGGCAAGUCUCUCAUAGAGAAGAUGGUGAUGAAGGAAAUGCUUCUGAGACUGAGGACAACAGUGCUCAGCCUCGUCUUAAUGAUUUAAAACUUCAGCAUGCUCUGGCUGCUGAUCGACUAAAAAGUCUAUUACAAACCAAAGUUCAACUUGAAAAGGAAAUUUCUGAUUCCACAACUUUCUUAAGAGAUCUUGUUAAGGAAGACCCCAAACCCAAAAAACGACUGAAAGAAGCUACAAACCCUAUCAAGAAUAAGACAAGAAGGAUAAAGUUAGCAUCAUUGGAUGAUGAUGAUGAUUUCGAUGCAGUAUUGAAUGCUGCAUCUUCUGGAUUUGUUGAAACAGAAAGGGAUCAGUUGGUGAGAAAAGGAAUUUUAACUCCUUUCCACAAGCUCAAAGGUUUUGAGCGUGGAAUUCAAGAACCAGGGCCGUCCACUAGGCACAGUAUACAGGAAAACAGUGCUGGCAGUUCAACUAGCCUAACCAAUGUUAUCCGGUCAAUCUCUGAGGCUGCAAAGUCUAGACCAACUACCAAGCUGCUUGAUUCUUCAUCGUUACCAACACUUGAUCCACCUACCCUUCCUUUUCAAUUUCCAAAAAUGGGAAGAUUUGUGAAAAGCUUAGAUUCUGCAGAGAACGACAGAAAAAGUAAGAGUAUGACAAGAAGGCCCAAGCCUGGCAAGAAAUGGAGAAUGAAAGCAUCCUCUGUAGACAAAGCUGAUGAAGGACCAGUUUCGAGUAAUGAAGAUGAAAGAGAAGCUGAAAAUGUGGAUGAUGAAAGAUCACCAUUUGUAAUGCUGGAGGGUGGAUUAAAAAUUCAGGAGACAAUAUAUGACAAACUUUUCGACUAUCAAAAGGUUGGAGUGCAGUGGCUAUGGGAACUUCACUGUCAAAAGGCUGGUGGGAUAAUCGGAGAUGAGAUGGGUCUUGGUAAAACAAUACAGGUUUUAGCAUUUCUUGGAUCAUUACAUUUCAGUAAUGUGUACAAGCCAAGCAUCAUUGUAUGCCCUGUCACUCUACUGCAGCAAUGGAAGAGGGAAGCACAAAAAUGGUAUCCAAGCUUUCAUGUCGAGAUAUUACAUGAUUCAGCUCAUGACCUGCCUUGCAGGAGGAAGCAAUCCAAAUAUUGUGAAAGUGAUUAUGAAAGUGAAGAACUACUUGGAAGCGACAUUGAUGAAAAGUUGUCUGCUAGGGCUACCAGAAAAUGGGAUACAGUUAUAAACCGUGUUUUGAGGUCAGAUUCUGGUCUGCUAGUCACCACUUAUGAGCAACUGCGGGUACUAGGAGAGAAAUUACUUGAUAUAGAGUGGGGUUAUGCUGUAUUAGAUGAAGGUCAUCGGAUUCGAAAUCCAAAUGCAGAAAUCACUCUUGUUUGCAAGCAGCUGCAGACAGUACAUCGCAUCAUAAUGACUGGUGCUCCUAUACAGAAUAAGCUUUCCGAAUUAUGGUCUUUAUUUGAUUUUGUCUUCCCUGGAAAGCUGGGUGUUCUGCCUGUGUUUGAGUCAGAAUUUUCUGUUCCGAUUUCUAUUGGAGGUUAUGCUAAUGCGACACCAUUGCAAGUUUCCACUGCCUACAGAUGUGCUGUGGUCUUACGUGACUUGAUCAUGCCAUAUCUUCUAAGACGAAUGAAGGCUGAUGUAAAUGCCCACCUACCGAAGAAGACUGAACAUGUCCUUUUCUGCAGCCUCACUUCAGUACAGCGAUCAAUUUAUCGAUCAUUUCUCGCUAGUUCAGAGGUCGAACAGAUAUUUGAGGGUAGCAAAAACACUUUGUAUGGAAUUGAUGUGAUGCGCAAAAUUUGUAACCAUCCAGAUCUUUUAGAGAGAGAACAUUCUCGCAGUGAUCCUGACUAUGGAAAUCUCGAGCGCAGUGGGAAAAUGAAAGUUGUUUCUGAAGUGCUUAAGCUAUGGAAUGGUCAAGGUCACCGUGUACUCUUUUUCACUCAGACACAACAGAUGCUUGAUAUUUUGGAAAAUUUUCUAGUCACUGAUGGCUAUAACUAUAGGCGAAUGGAUGGUGCAACACCUGCAAAGCAAAGAAUGGCUUUAAUAGAUGAAUUUAAUAAUACAGAUGAAAUUUUUAUCUUCAUCUUGACUACAAAAGUUGGCGGCCUCGGAACAAAUUUAACUGGUGCCAAUAGAGUCAUUAUCUUUGAUCCUGACUGGAACCCAUCUAAUGAUAUGCAGGCCAGGGAGCGUGCUUGGCGUAUUGGUCAGAAGAAAGAUGUGAUUGUUUACAGGUUAAUUACCCGUGGAACUAUUGAGGAGAAGGUGUAUCACAGACAGAUAUACAAGCACUUCCUGACCAACAAAAUCUUGAAGAACCCACAGCAGAGACGGUUUUUCAAAUCUCGUGAUUUGAAAGAUCUCUUCACCUUGAAUGAGGAUGGGGAGAAUGGCUCCACAGAAACAUCUAUUAUAUUUAGCCAGUUAAAUGAGGAUAUCAAUAUUACUGGGCCUGAACACCCUAAUCAGGAAAUGGAUACAUCCACUCAAACAAAGCCAGCAUAUCAGGCCACUGUUGUGGAAAAAGAUAAUGACUCAGGAAGCAAUGGCAAAGAGAGAGAGAAUGCUUAUAACAGCAAAGGUGAAGCAGAGGAAGAAACUAGUAUCUUGCAGAGUCUUUUUGAUGCAAAUGGGAUUCAUAGUGCAUUGGAUCAUGACGCCAUUAUGAAUGCUCAUGAUGAAGAGAAACUAAAGCUUGAAGAGCAAGCCUCACAAGUUGCACAGAGAGCUGCAGAAGCAUUGCGCCAGUCACGAAUGCUUCGGAGGCAAGAGAGCGUGGCUGUCCCAACCUGGACUGGGAGAUCUGGAACUGCCGGGGCACCUUCAUCUGUCAAAAAGAAAUUCGGUUCUACCAUGAACCCUCUUUUGGUAGCUACUAGUUCAAAAUCCUCGGGAGAGUCACCCUCCAAAAACAGCAGGCCAAAUGGAAUUGCUGCUGGGGCAUCUGCGGGUAGAGCACUAUCUUCAGCUGAGUUGCUGGCCAGGAUCAGAGGCAACCAAGAAAGGGCAGUCAGUGAUGGGCUAGAGCAUCAGUUUAAUUUGGCAUCAAGCUCUAGGACGUCUAAAGGUGGCUCGAGUGGGAUGCAGCCAGAAGUCCUGAUCCGGCAAAUAUGUACAUUUAUUCAACGGAAAGGUGGAAGAACCAGUUCAGCGAGCAUCGUAGAUCAUUUUAGAAGUAGAGUAUCGUCAAAAGAUUUGGCAUUAUUCAAGGGUCUUUUGAAGGAGAUUGCAACUCUGGAGAAAAAUGUGAAUGGGUCUUUUUGGGUUCUUAACCCAGAAUAUAUGGAACAGUAGCAAUAUCCGCUGCUACCUGCUAAACAAAUAACAUAUACAUGUGUUUUUGGCUGUUUCAUCCUUUGGAUCGAGUACAUAGUUUGAUGAUGUGGAGCUGGACAUGGGUUGGUUACCAUCUGGUUCUGAAAUGGCCACUUCCUGCCACUUAAGGCAUAAACUGUAACCAAAACUGAUUAGACGGCGUCACUGCGCCAGUUCUGGCUGAGACUAGAACAGUCAUUACUGGAACUGGCCUGUUCGGUUUUAUUUGGAGGGGAAUCGUGUGUUCAGGAUUAUUUGGUUUCCUAGUAAAAUGCGACCAGUCCCAUCCGUAACCAGGACUAUAUCCAACACUAGUUUGGUGCCUAGAUAUUUUUGUACCUCACAGAGUUAAAGGUAGGUUGGUUUUGUAGCGCUUUUUGUACCUAAUGUAUACACAAUUUUGCGAGUAAUGAAACUCAAGAAAUGAGGCGUAGGUAAUUCAUUUGAGCUAUGCUAGAGGUACCAACACUUACAAAAAGUCUUACAAAAGACUUACUACCU